AUGGGCGAACCGGUCCUAGAAAUAUCUGCCAUCAUGAAGCACCAACAAAAAAACAAAGGAGAGGAUGGGAGCAGCACGAAUGCGAGCGCGAACAGGAGAGCGAAAGACGACUCGGAACACACUCCAAUGGAGGUGGAUGACCGAGCCACCCCGACAACGCACACGGGGAUAGGGAGGGCGGGCCCCGCCAGCGACAAAAAGAAGCUAGCGGACCAAGCCAAGAACAGACCACGUGAGGAACCGAUCAUAGACGUCGAUGGGUCGGAUACCGAGGGGUAUGGGGAAGACGACAGCGCGGCGGAUGACAACGGAGUGUUAUCCGCGCCCGAGAGGAGAGCCAGAAGCAGAGGCAGACCUCCCAAGGAUUCCAACUUUGCCCUGAGAAGGGAAAAGAGGGAAAUCAGGAAAACGAAUCGUAAACUGAUUCAGCAGAACAAGACGCUCUCCGAUAUCUUGGAUCGGAACAUCCUGCCGAGUGGAAAGGCGAGAAAAAAUAUCACGCCGGAGAGAGAAACGGUCAGGCAGUUAGAGGACUUAAGACCGGAUCAGAUCGUAGCGGAAAUGACGGAACACUUAAAUGUGGUUGAGAAGGUGGCGGAGCGCUCGGGGAAUUUGAAGGGCACUUUUGUCCACCAAUUAUACAACUCGGCGAGUAAGCUGAGGGCGGCGAUCAAGGCGCUCUCGGCCAAGGCAACCGCCCCAUGUGCUGCACUAGGGGGUGAUUACGGAGGCGAAGAAGGCCAGCUCCGAGCAAGAAUCAGAGAGCUCGAAGAAAAGGUGGCGAGCCUCACUGCGAAGAGGCAGAGGACGCAGCUACAGGACGUGCGGAGAACGCCUGAAAGAGCGCUUCGCAAGAGGAAGUGCAUGAGAAUGGCCUCACCCUCCUCUUCCUCAGACGAAGAGAUGAGGGGGAGAACCCAAUCCCAUUCCCAGCCCAGGGACACGGGCAUGGACGAGGAGGACAUGGUACCCCCACCCCCGGUGCUCAGGCCGGAGGUGAGGGGUGUAAGGAAGGAGCUAGAGGAGGUUACGGAGGAGCGGGCCCUUGAAGACGUCCGCAAGGUAAUGGAGGGAGUCACCAUUGGGGAUAUUGCGCGGGGCAACGCCAAGGAAGUCAGGUUGAAGAUCAACAACCUGAUGGUCCGCUGCCAAGGAGCGAUGGCGAUGCUCCCCAUAGGUAAGGAACCGCUGAUCGAGGAUGGGCCAGCAGCCAGGGCACCCAUGGGAAAGAUCGCGGCAUCUUCAAACAAACAGAUGCCGAAAAAAGUGACAGGGCCCAAAAAGAACGCACCCAAGCCGACACCCACAGUAAGGGAGAAGAAUAGGCUGGACAUAGGCGAGACUGCCAGCAGUAAGGAAGCGGCCAAACAAAGGACCGCUAGCCAAUCGAGAGCCGGGAAAGGAGCGGCUGCCCAGAGGGCUGUCAGCCGGUCGAGGACUGCCCAGAAAAAGGGAAUCCGCACCGAGGAAGAGCCCCUAGAGGCGAAUAACAAGCCUGGCAAGGCAGGUCAAGCGACCCAAGAGACAUGGGUCGAUGUGGUGAGGAGGGGGUCCAGGAAGAAGGGAGCUCCGAGCCAGCCUGGUCCCCCCCAACAGAGGGAGACGAGGGCCCCGGCUGGAGACAAGAGGACCCCCCCAGCCAAGAGGAGGAACCCGAGGGCACAAGCGGUGACCCUCACCUUCCCCCCGGGGGCGUAUGCGGAGGGAAUGAGGGUCAUAAAGUCCCAG